AUGAUUCCGCUUAUUCACAGACUAAGCGCUGUCCUUCUUUUGGUGUGUCUUGGGCUAGCGCACGACGUAGAAGUCGACAUACAUGUGCCGGCAAUGUUCUCGACCAGCAGAAUCGCCGGUGCGAACGCCUUUGGCAUGCCACUAACCAAUGAUGAAGUGCCUGAGUCAGAACUGGAUCCCAAUUUUUGGCGCCGCUCGGCCAAUGAAGAGCUGCAGAAGCAUCUCCAAAACAAAUUAAACACCAACAAAGCUAAGAAUGUCAUCUUCUUCCUUGGCGAUGGUAUGUCGUUGACGACAGUUGCUGCGGCGCGUAUACUCAAAGGCCAGCGUCAAGGAAAUCCAGGCGAGGAGUCCCAACUGAGCUUCGAGAAGUUCCCAUACACCGGUUUGAGCAGGACCUACUGUACGAAUGCCCAAGUAGCCGAUUCUGCCUGCACUUCCACCGCAUACCUCACGGGCGUUAAGACAAAUAUACUCUUUUUGGGCGUUACCCCAAACGUUGAGUUCAAUGACUGCGAGGCAUCCAUGGACCCCGCCAAUGAUCUUACAUCACUUUACGAUUGGGCUCAGGCUGCUGGCAAAUCCACUGGUUUCAUCACCACAACCACACUUACUCACGCAAGUCCGACUGGCGGUUAUGCGCACGUCUCGAACCGUAUGUGGGAGUGUGAUACGGAUGUACGCACAUAUCUACAAGAUAGCUACACAACAGAUUGCAAAGACAUUGCCACACAGUUGAUCACCGAAGAGCCUGGACGCAAAUUGGAUUUCAUUAUGGGCGGUGGAGCGGGAAAGUUCUUGCCAAAAACAAUGAUUGAUCCAUUCGGCAACCCCGGUGAGCGAUCAGAUGGUAAGAAUUUACUCUCAGAGUGGCAACGCAGACAUCCCGGCGGCCUCUUCGUUAGCAGCCGCAAACAAAUGGAGGCAAUCAACCUAAAACAGACCACCAGCGUUAUGGGUAUUUUCCAAUCGAAACUAAUGAAUUUCCAUCAACAUGCCACCGAGAGUGAGCCCACUUUAUCUGAAAUGACCGAAACUGGCAUUAAGUUUUUGAGCAAGAACGAUGAUGGGUUCUUCAUUUUCAUUGAGGGUGGUCUAAUUGAUUAUGGUAAUCACUACAAUAAACCCGGGCUCAGCUUGGAUGAAACCUUGGAAUUUGAGAAGGCCAUCGCUUUGGCACGCAACCUUACCGAUCCUGAAGACACACUCAUCGUCGUCACCGCUGAUCAUGCGCAUCCACUCAGCAUCUCCGGUUAUCCCGAGCGUGGCAAUGACAUUCUGGGUUUGAAUAAUGUCGGCGUUGACGCUAAUGGCGUACCGUAUUCUACGCUCAACUACGCUGUAGGGCCUGAGCAAUAUUUAGAUGAGCAGGGCAAUCGUUUGGAUUUGCAGGGUCAAUUUGGUGGCAGCCCCGAUUUCGUCUUUCCCAGUUACAUCAAAUCCUCAAUUGGUAACCAUGCCGGCGACGACGUGGGCGUAUAUGCCUCUGGCCCACACGCUCAUCUCUUCACCGGUCUCUUGCAGCAGAACACUCUGCCUCAUCUAAUGGCCUACGCAGCUUGUAUUGGUGACGGUGCUAAGUGUUGUGAUUGA